AUGAUUAUCAGUCCAGUUUUAUACCAAUUUUUGGUUUGUUGCUUUGCAUCCGUAGGUUCAUUUACUUACGGAUAUGACUUGGGCAUAAUUGCACAAGUUUUAGCCUCAGAGAGUUUCACAGAGUAUAUGAAUAAUCCAAACACUACAGUUACAGGUUUGGUUGUUUCCCUCUUCACUGUUGGAGCUUUUGCGGGAGCUUUUCUAGCUGGAUUCUUGGAAAAAUUGAGUCGUCGCCUGACUAUUUUGGUUGCCACGUUAUUCUUUCUUUUUGGGGGGUCACUUCAAUGCGGAGCACAGAAUUUUAGAUUCUUGUUUGCUGGAAGGUUUUUUUCUGGGGUUGGAGUUGGAUUGUAUACUAUGAUUAUUCCUUUGUAUCAAGCGGAAUUAGUUCACCCAAAACACAGAGGAAGGGUCACGAGCCUCCAACAGUUCUUCUUGGGUAUCGGUGCAUUAGCAGCUGCAUGGAUAGGAUAUGGAUGCUACAUAGGGUUUUCAGAUAACAGGCAAUGGAGAGUGCCUCUUGGUCUCCAAAUGGUUCCAGCAUUAUUACUAGGAAGUUUAAUAUUGCUCUUCCCUGAGCUGCCUAGAUGGUUGUUAGAGUUUAACCAAGAUGAAAAUGCACUAAAAGUUUUGGGGCAACUAUAUGCCCAUGGUGACACACAAGAUCCGUUUGUAAAGGAAGAAUUUGCGAAAAUUAAAGCUGCCAUUGAAUUUGAUAAAAUGCAUGGCCAAACGAGUUGGACCAGCUUGUUCUUGAUUCCUUCAAAUUUGAGAAGAAUCGUAUUGUGCUGCGCAAUUCAAGGUUCGGUCCAAAUGACAGGAGUAUCUGCAAUUCAAUACUAUGCACCGACUAUUUUUGCCCAAAUAGGAUUAUCGGCGGGUAAAACUCUUUUAUAUCAGGCAAUAAAUUCUAUUAUUGCUUUAAUAGCACAGGCCUUAUGUAUCGUUACCGUCGAUUACACAGGAAGAAGGUGGACUUUAAUUGGUGCAAAUAUUGGCUGCGGGUGCAUGUUCAUUGUCUCUUGUAUUCUUUUGGCACUUUAUCCACCUUACAAGGGGCCCCAACCCCGUUCGUCUCAGAUAGGAUUUAUUGCAUCGACUUGGAUUUGGAAUUUUAUUUUCAGUAUUUAUGUUGGCCCUUUACUGUGGGUUAUACCCAGUGAGGUAUUUAAUACUGCGACUCGUUCCAAAGGUGUAUCUUUAUCAACAAUGACAUGCUUUGCUAUGAACACAAUGAUUGGACAAGUAACACCAUUAGCAAUGGAUACAAUCCACUACCGAUUCUAUAUUGUUUUCAUUAUUUGCAGUUUUACUAAUGCUUUAUUUUUCUGGUGCUUACUUCCUGAAACAAAGGGGAUACCGCUAGAAUCAAUGAAUCAAUUGUUUGAAAAUUCACCAUGGUUUGUUCCAGGAAUUAAGAGUAAAGACUAUUAUUCCGAUAUUGAAAUUAUUCUUGAUGAUUCUGAAUUCAAACCUGAAAAUGAUGUUCAACAUCUUGAAAAGGACAAUGAUGUUUCUAUAAAUAUUUCUUCUCAAUCAAACGUUUGA